UCUGGGCGGUUCUUCACUGACCACUCUGAAACAGUGUCUUCCUGCCUGGGAGAGCAGGACGUCUCUGUGAUUAGGCCUGAAGUCCCCUACACACUCGGGAUGGCCGUGGAACCCAGCUGCCAGCCUCCAUGUGGACUUUAUCUGCUGCUGCUGCUUCUGGCCCUACCACUCAGGAGCCAGGCCAGCGCUGGCUGCUAUGGGAUCCCAGGGAUGCCAGGCCUGCCAGGGGCCCCUGGGAAGGAUGGGCAUGAUGGACUCCAGGGGCCCAAGGGUGAGCCAGGAAUCCCCGCCAUCCCUGGGACCCGAGGACCCAAAGGUCAGAAGGGCGAGCCUGGCAUGCCUGGCCAUCAUGGAAAAAAUGGCCCCAUGGGGACCUCUGGGCUGCCAGGGGAUCCAGGCCCCAGGGGACCUCCGGGGGAGCCGGGUGAGGAAGGUCGGUACAAACAGAAGCACCAGUCCGUGUUCACGGUCACCCGGCAGACCGCCCAGUACCCAGCGGCCAACGCCCUCGUCAAGUUCAAUUCGAUCGUCACCAACCCUCAGGGGGAUUAUGACACAAGCUCUGGGAAGUUCACCUGCAAAGUGCCGGGUCUCUACUACUUCGUCUACCAUGCGUCGCAGACGGCCAACCUGUGCGUGCACCUGCACCUCAACCGCGCCAGGGUGACCAGCUUCUGCGACCACAUGUCCAACAGCAAGCAGGUCAGCUCCGGAGGAGUCCUCCUGCAGGUGCAGAAGGGCGACGAGGUGUGGUUGGCGGUCAACGACUACAACGGCAUGGUGGGCAUGGAGGGCUCCGACAGCGUCUUCUCUGGUUUUCUACUGUUUCCCGAAGCCCCUGAGGCUGAGCUGAUGAAGACACAGUGGGGCGAGGUCUCAACACCCCUGUUCCUGUUGCUCCUGGGUUGGCUCCAUGUCUCCUGGGCCCAAAGCAGCUGCACUGGGCCCCCUGGCAUCCCUGGCAUCCCUGGCGUCCCUGGGGUCCCUGGCUCUGAUGGCAAACCAGGCACUCCAGGGAUAAAGGGGGAGAAAGGGCUCCCUGGACUGGCUGGAGACCAUGGUGAGUUUGGAGAGAAAGGGGACCCAGGGACCCCUGGGAUUCCAGGCAAAGUUGGCCCCAAGGGUCCCGUCGGCCCUAAGGGUGCUCCAGGCCCCCCUGGGCCCCGUGGUCCCAAAGGAGAUUCUGGGGACUACAAGGCUACACAGAAAGUAGCCUUCUCUGCCCUGAGGACCAUCAACACCCCCCUGAGACAGAACCAGGUCAUUCGCUUCGAAAAGGUGAUCACCAACGUGAAUGAAAACUAUGAGCCGCGCAGUGGCAAGUUCACCUGCAAGGUGCCCGGCCUGUACUACUUCACCUACCACGCCAGCUCCCGAGGGAACCUGUGUGUGAACCUUGUGCGUGGCCACGAUCGGGACCACAUGCAGAAAGUACUCACCUUCUGUGACUACGCCCAGAACACCUUCCAGGUCACCACGGGUGGCGUAGUCUUGAAGCUGGAGCAAGGAGAGAUUGUUCACCUGCAGGCCACAGACAAGAACUCCCUGCUGGGCAUUGAGGGAGCCAACAGCAUCUUCACUGGCUUUCUGCUUUUCCCUGACAUGGAUGCAUAA